GCGCUGUUUAUUUAUGUAAACAUUUUGCUUCGAGAUUUUUCCAUUGUCAGCGCCAGCUUUUUCCCGUCCGAUGAUAAGAUUCUGACCGUUAAUCGUGACGUGGUCGUCCCAAUUGGACGUACCGUCUACCUGACGACGGAUCAUUUACAAAUUCGAGUCAAUGCAAGCGACAGGUGCGAGGUCAAGGUCGUCGAUAACGACCCACUGUCCCGGAGACCUGGCCGGCUCACCCCAUCGGUUUUUCUAUGCAACUUCGCGCAGCAGGAAGUUGUUUAUACACACUUUGGCGCGGAAAAUCCAAAACACGACAAUGUAAGACUUUUAAUUCGGUACGAUUCCUUCAGCGAGUCGACCUUCAUUCCGUUCACCAUUCGGUUCAGAGUUUCGAAAACCCCUCUGGAGGUCGUGACGAGAAACCUGCCCCUGACGGUGGACAAAACCUUGGGAGUGAGCAGCCCCAUAAACGUCAACACGACCGAGUUCUCCUACGUCCGCGGGCAGGAGCAGUGUCGAGUGUCCCUCUUGCCGUUGACCAGCGGCCGGCCGAGGCAUGGCGUCGUCAUGGACGACACCGCCAGGCUUCAGAUGGUUGACUGUGUGGAGUUCUUAAACCAAAACAUCCGCUACAAACACGUGACCCAGGCGAACUCCCCAAACAAGGAUUUCAUUCCGCUCGUCGUCAGCGUUCUCGACUCCACGGGUAAAGUCCUCAAAUCCGAACAUUUCCAAGUUCUGGUGAGAAUUUCCGGCGGGAAAGAAAACGAGAAGCCAACGCUUGAAUUCGGCUCAAAACUCAACAUGGAAGUGACGCAGUUGCUUCUAACCGCCCUCCAGCCCGAGAUCCUAUCGGCGAAAGACUUUGAGACCCCCUCGGAUCUCCUCCUCUUCAACAUCACCAAGCCGAUUCCGACGGGAGACGGCUAUUUUAUCAACACAGACAACAGACAACAGAAAAUUACGUCAUUUUAUCAGCGUGACUUGCGGGAUUUUAAAAUUGUCUUCGUGCCUCCAUCCGCUGACCCGGGUGUGUCAAAAGUCCUGUACAUUGCCAUGCAGGUGGUGGACGGUGAUGGCGUCUCUUCUGAGCCGUUCGGCGUGAAAAUAAGCAUCAGGCCACUCAUCCCGCUGGGUCCGAAAAUCACAAACAACAAAGGUCUGACGAUAUUUGAGGGAAAAUCAGUACAUCUUGCGCUGGAUUCAAAUUUUCAAAUUUCUGAUGCCAACAGUCUAGACAAAGUUAAAAUAUCUUUAGUAGCAGGGCCCAGGCACGGACAUUUGACGAUUCCAGACAAUCGACAGUUUUUCUCCCCGAGCGAUCUCAGAUCCGGACUCAUCGCCUACCAACACGACGACUCCGACAGUUUUUCCGACAACAUGAUAUUCCGCGUCACCGAUGGCGAGUACUCUUCGCAGUUUCUAUUUCCGGUUUGGGUGCUGCCGGAAGACGACGAGCCCCCAGUGUUGACGGUCAACACGGGCUUGGAGAUAAGCAAGAAAGAUAAGGUGAAAAUAACGCCGCUCAUCCUGAGUGCGACCGACAGCGACAGCGACAACACCCAGGUCAGGUACGUGCUGGAGACGCCCUAUUCGGAAGAAGGCGUCAUCUUAAAACGCCAGGUCCAGACGCCGGACAAUCCCGAAGACUGGAAGGUUGUGGACGGCAUGUACGAGCAGAGCGUCGACGAGUUCACCCAGAGCGACGUCGUCAACGGCCUGAUGUUUUACAAGCACGUCGGACCGCAUCGGUCCGACAUCAUCAUCGACCGGAUUCGAUUCCACAUCGCGGAUUCCGGUGACCCGCCCAACCAAUCGGACGUGAAGGAAUUCCUGGUCAAGAUCGAACCCGUGGAUGACCAGCCCCCUUACCUGUUCUACAACACGUCCCUCCAGAUGGACGUCGUGGAUUACGAGACGACGUAUUUCAAACGCAAGGCCUUGCGCUACGCAGACGACGAUUCGGACGACAGGGACAUCAAGUUCAGCGUGACGUCACCUCCGGCGGACACCGACGUCAAUACGCGCCUGGAUGCCGGGGCCAUCACGGCGUGCAAGGACACCUUAAAGGUUCUGAAAACUUUCACGCAGGGACAGGUCAACCACCAGGAGAUCUGCUACCAGCCCCCGGAAGAAGAUUCCGGCAUCACCCCGAGGAUCAUACAGUUCGUGUUUGAUGUCGAGGACGCCAACGGGAACAUUUUAAAAGACCAGAGGUUCACGCUGAUGGUCCAGCCCAUGACGCAUUCGCCGCCCGUCAUCAAGAACGCCGGGCUGAAUGUUCUCGAGGGCGACUCGGCGACACUGACCCUGGACGAUUUCGAUGCCGUGGAGUCGUACUCUACGGAUGACAACAUCAUGUUUGAGGUCAUGGAACCACCACGCCACGGGCAGAUCAAGCUCAGAAACGACCCCAUGGACAAAGGCGACACGUUCGCCCGCAAGCACAUCCGUGACGGCCUCGUUGUCUACACCAACAACGGCGAAACGGUCGGCGACGACAAAAUCAUGAUCGACGUCACGGACGGCGUCCACCACAUCCCUGUGAAAUUGAACGUCAAAGUCAGGGGCGUGGCAGACGAGCGGCCGCCGAUGGUUGGGGGUCGAUCAGAAAUUUUGAAAGUCAUUUUGGAGGUGCCAGAGAAAGGCGUCGUGACGUUGACCGCCGACACUCUGAAAGGCGUAGACCUAGGGGGGAGCAAGGCGACAUUUUUAUUGGAGCGGGCGCCGCUGGAUGGCGUGGUCGCAAUACGCGAAAAACAAUCCACCGAGUUUUCGCAGACGGAUAUUUUGGCAGGUGUGAUAUCUUAUAGACACACUGGAGGGGAGGUGGGGUUGACCGGAAGGGGGGACCACUUCCAAAUCGCAAUCGUUAACCCAAAGAAAGCGCUGACCCUCGACGGGAGGACGAUUUCUAAAUUACUCGUGGAGAUUAAGAUUAACCCCGUAGAUAACCAGUCCCCCAUUCUCACCGUCGGCUCCCCUUUCGAGGUUCCCGAAAGUAAAAAAGCCCCCAUUCUCACGAGGCACGUCGACGCUGCUGAUGUAGACUCCGAAGAUGGGGACAUCCUGUGUCUGGUGACGCUACAACCAAAAACUGGCUACCUCGAAAAUUCAUCUCCGGCCCCCGGGUCCGAAAAGUCAAGAACCGGUUCUCCGAUCUCAUCCUUCACAAUCAGAGACAUUCGCUCCGGGCUCAUCAACUACGUCCAAAGCGUCCACAAGGGCAGUGAACCCCGCAAAGACUCUCUAAUGUUUUACUGCACGGAUGGGAUCAACCAAUCGCCACAUUCCAACAUCGACAUCCGCAUAUUGCCAUUCAACGACGAGGUACCCGAGAUUACACUGAGGGAGUUCCUCGUGGUCGAGGGCGGAAACAUGAGGAUAGAUCUCCAAAUUUUGAACGUGUUAGAUCAGGAUGUCCCCGCCGACAAACUCACUUUUCUCAUCACCGCGCCGCCGAGACACGGCAAGAUUGUCCGACAGACGCGCGAGGGCAGUUUUACGAUUCCGAGUUUUUCGCUGGAGGACAUCACGGGGGAGUCGACGAUUGCCUACGAGCACGACGACAGCGAAACAACGGUCGACUCCUUCACUUUCACCCUCACCGACGGUGAACACAACAUCUCCAAGACCGUACCCAUCAAUGUGUUUCCGCUUGAUGACGUCGCCCCGAGACUCGCCGUUAAUACUGGCCUGCAAAUCAUGGCCGGCGAAGCUAAAAAAAUCACAAACAAAUUUCUGAAGGCGGACGAUCUCGAUUCCAACGACGCCGACCUCUCAUACUUCGUCAGAAUGAAGCCAAAAUACGGGUACUUGCGUAAAAUCGAGGGUAACACGAUCAAGAAUUUAACACAGGGAGAUAAGUUCACACAGAAGGAUAUCGAUAAACGUAGAAUCGAAUACGUCCACACGGACCACGAAGGGGUGAGGGACCUGAUAAAAUUUGACAUCACGGACGGUCUCAAUUCUUUGAUUGACCGAUUCUUCUAUGUGACGGUUGAAGGGGUUGAAACAGCGACCCCUAAAGUUUACAACAAAGGUAUACAGCUUCCGGAAGAAGGUAUCGUGUAUUUGACACGUGACCUUCUAAGCGAGACCGAUCUCAAUACAGCCGACGGCGAUUUGACCUUCUCCGUAACUCGGACGCCUUCUCAAGGACAACUGGAGGUUGCCAACAAACCCGGGGUCUCGUUGUCCGCAUUUACACUGCAGCAACUUGGGGCCAGGAGCAUCAGGUACGUUCACAACAGCGAAGAGGAACUCAAAAUGGACAGUUUCGAGUUCGAGGUGACCGAUGGUCAAACGCCGGUGACCAGCACGUUUAGGAUCUCCGUCAGCGAUUCCAGCAACCGGAAACCGAUCUUGAUGUUCCAAACCCUGCGCGUGAAGACCGGCGACAACCGUCUGAUCACGCCGACGGAACUGAAAGCCGACGACCUCGACAGCGACCAAGCUCAUGUCGUGUUCGCCGUGACGGAGGUCCCGAAACGAGGCGUGCUCCUCUACAACAUGACGCGCGUGCUGAGCAGCUUUACCAUGGCCGACAUCACCGACAACAUGCUCAGCUACCAGCACGACGGUUCCCAGGCCAAAGAGGACAGCUUCUCCUUCACCGUCACCGACGGUUCCCAUCACGAUUUCUUCGUGUACCCCGACACUGACACGACGCACAGGCCCCAGACCAUGAUCGUCAACAUCGUGGCAGACGACGACGGGGCGCCCCAAAUCAACGUCAACAAAGGGGCGUCCUAUCUGACGAAACUCGCCGGCGGCCAUCUUGGAUUUCGAAUCAGCAGUCGCGUGUUAAAUAUGGAGGAUCGGGAAAUCCCUGAAGAUAACCUGUUAUAUUCGUUGAUUACGUCACCGAAAUGGGGAUACGUCAUCAACAGGGCGAUUGGGAAUAGGAGCAUCACGACCUGGUCACAGGGUGAG